CGGCGCUCCAGAGACGUCCGGGGCACCUACACCUGCAACCUGUGCUUCAAGAAGACCUACUCGUGGCGCUCCAACCUCAUCCGCCAUCAAAAAUUCGAGUGCCCCAACAACAUCGAAAAGCCCGUCUUCCCGUGCAUGCUCUGCGACCACACCACCAAACAGAAGGCCCACCUCGAGAGGCACCUUCAACUCGUCCACAAGCUUUUGCCCGACGAUAUACCCAAAAACCUUCUCAGCCGCACCUCCUUUCUCUAGGAAGCUUUGAGUGUAGUCGUGACGAUCUUUUCUCUCUCUUUUUUUUCUUUUUUGUUUUAAAAACAAAGGCUAUUUUGAAAAUCGAUUUCAUCAAUCCUGUACUCAGUGGUGCAAUUUUUUUUCUUUUUUAAACGCGUUCCUUACAAUUGAUCGUAAAUUCUACUUUGACAUGGAUGUCAAUUUUUGAUCGCCUCCAUUGUGAUCUAUCUCAAAAAUCUUGCAGUGAUGUGAAUUUUUUUUUUUUCUAAGUUGGUUUGAAAAUCAAUUUUCGGUCUUUCCUCAAAAUUGAUUCCGAUUUUCAAUCAACCGGAAAGCAAAGUUGAUUCGUUCAAAAAUUUAUUUGUUCGAUUUCAAGGAUUGAAACAACGAAAAAUAUCCAAAAUGACGUCGUUACCGUCAAAAUUGUCAAAGAAUGCACCAACAUUUGAGCAACGUCAUUCGAAUUUCACUGUACAUCGGUUUCAAUCAAUAGGCUACUCGAUAUAUCGAUUUCGAUUUUUAUUUUCAUCCCGAGUGAGUCUAUUUAUGUAAGGAUAAUCAUUCUUUUAACAUUAGCAAAUGGUUUCAAUUUCCUCACUAAAAUCAUUCCUAUUGACUUUAACGUGCAGUAUUAUUAUAAUAAAUCUAGUAAAUAUUAACGUUUAACGCCCCUUUUCAAAAACAUGGUGGAUGACGUCCAUCGUUGCGUUUCUGCGCACACUGAUUUCGCCUACUUUGGUCUUAUUUAUGAAUGUGGCACUAUAGACAAGAUGAAAACUAUAACACUCUCUUCUAUAUUCUUUAUUCAAAAUUUUACUUGGAGAAUGAUUUAACCAAAGAAAGUUUAGUAAUCAACUCCUAUAGGAUGCCAUACGUAUUUAUAUGUAAACACUAACUGUACGACUGCGUCAAUCAUCUGAUUUGUGUUUUAUUUGAUCGAUGUAUUUAUGUUAAUAUUUCUCGAAGGGGCUGAUCUCAGAUUUUCCCGUUUGGUGAAUCACUCCCCAAGUAAACUUCUGAAAAGGAAAUAUGUAACUUAGUAAUUUAAUUCUUACCUCGUCUAGUGACCCAAUGAUUUUAUCCCCUUUAGUUAUUUACAAAUAGCUUUGGAAAGCAGUGGUGACUCUCAAAAGUUAGCAACACUGAUUUUCAUCCUGCAUUCAAAUCGAGUAUGAGGUGAAGCUCUCCAUUGAGACGGGUAUCGAUAAUUUUACGCAUUUAAAUGUACGAAACUCAGUGUUGCCACCUCCGAGCAUUGUCACUGCUAGUAAGCUACUACGGCUGUGAAAAAACUCUGUGAUACUUUAUGUUAAAACAAACAUUCGUACAGAGUGAGAAAGUUAUUGCAUUCCAAUAUUUUCCCAUACAUUUUUCAUGUAUACAUUUUGUAAUCAUAAAUUGCGAUUUUUGUGUAGUUUUACACUGAAUGAAAAGAAAGUACAAGCUAAAUUUACAUUAUAGUGGUUUUUAACUCACCCUGUAUGCUUUACUAAAUCCUUCCGUACUAUAACAAGCCCCCUCCUCUCUAUGAAAAAUUGCAAUAAUAACACAUGAGCUUGAUAUUGGUAAGUGUUUUCUUUUUAGCAAUAUUUUUUCUUUCGAAAGAAAACUAUGUCCAAAAAUAAAUAUUAUUAAAACUUUAUGUUAAA